UACAAAAUAGUUGGAGUGGGACGUGCGAGCGACAAGUAUUAAAUACGGAAUAAAACAGGAGAGAAAUUUUGUGUAACCAAAUAUUAUCAGUUAUCUUGUAAUCGUAUUUCAGUAUAUUAGCAAUGGCAUCAAAAACAUCAAUUUGUAUUGUAGGUUCUGGAAAUUGGGGGUCUGCAAUUGCUAAGAUAGUUGGAAAAAAUGCAGCAAAUUUACCAAAUUUUGAAGAUCGUGUUACGAUGUAUGUAUAUGAAGAAAUGAUUGAUGGAAAGAAAUUAACUGAAAUCAUUAACACUACUCAUGAAAAUGUCAAGUAUCUUCCAGGACAUAAGUUGCCCCCUAACGUUGUAGCAGUACCUGAUAUUGUUGAAGCAGCCGCUAAUGCUGAUAUUUUAAUAUUUGUCGUUCCUCAUCAAUUUAUAAGAAAUUUCUGUGGUAGUUUAUUAGGUAAAAUAAAACCAACAGCUGUAGCUAUUUCAUUAAUCAAAGGAUUUGAUAAAGCUGAAGGCGGUGGUAUUGAUUUAAUUUCACAUAUUAUUACCAGACAUUUAAAGAUACCUUGCUCAGUUCUUAUGGGUGCUAAUAUUGCUAACGAAGUUGCUGAGGGAAAUUUCUGUGAAACUACAAUUGGAUGUAAAGAAAUAAAAUAUGCUCCAAUAUUUCGCGAUGCUUUUCAAGAUGACAAUUUUCGCGUAGUAGUAGUAGAUGACGUAGAUGCAGUUGAAGUUUGCGGAGCUUUAAAGAAUAUUGUAGCGACUGGAGCCGGUUUCAUAGAUGGCCUUGGCCUUGGUGAUAACACAAAAGCUGCUGUAAUUCGAUUGGGCUUGAUGGAAAUGAUUAGAUUUGUGGAAAUUUUCUACCCUGGAAGUAAAUUAUCUACAUUUUUUGAAAGUUGCGGUGUCGCUGACUUAAUAACAACUUGUUAUGGUGGACGAAAUAGAAAAUGUGCCGCCGCUUUCGUUACCUCUGGAAAAACAAUAGCAGAAUUAGAAAAAGAAAUGUUAAACGGACAGAAAUUACAAGGUCCUCCUGCGGCUGAAGAAGUUAACUACAUGUUGAAAAAUAAGAAAAUGGAGGAGAAAUUCCCAUUGUUUACUGCAAUUCAUAGAAUUUGUAUUGGAGAACUUAAACCAAAAGAUAUGAUCGAUUGUAUACGUAAUCAUCCAGAACACAUGAGUGAAUCAUUAGCAAAACUUUAAAAAAGUUUCUUUUAUACCAUACCACAUAAUCAUACAACACCUAAUGCUGGCGCAUUCAUUGUUUAUUUUUGCAUUUAUACAGUGUUUUUGAUUAUUUUUUGUUUUUUGUUUUAAAUCUGUAAUGUAAAAAUCUGUUAAUUUUUAUAUUUUGUAAAUAUUGACAUAAAAUGUCAAAAUAUUGAAAAAUAAUCCAUUUUAAAUUGAUAAUUGGCUAAAAAAAUUAAAUAUGAACAAAUUUUAGAUAAAUAUGUCUCUAAUCCAUUACAUUCCUUUUUUUUCAAUCAACAAUAGAAAUAGAAAUAUCAUUACAAAACAUGCAAGUUAAUCUCUUAAUCUUAAUGAUCUUGAUUUACUAAAUAAAACUUAAAAUAUUUAUAUUGAUCGCGAAAUAUUUGAUUUAACACUUGAAGAUACUACUAAUUAAUUGAGACAAUAAUUUAUAGCGACAGUAACAUAUAGCAAUAAAUGUUAUAUUAUAUAACAAUUUACUAUUACUGAAAAACUUAAUCCUUUCAACUUAAUGCCACAUUUUCAGUAUUAUUCUGGUUUUUUCUCCAGAAGACUGCUCUUUCAACAGAGAAUGGGAUUUUUAGUUUGUUUAGACUUUUCGUAAAAAACUAAUAAAAGGACGAUCAUUGAGCUAUGAACAAGCAUUUUAAAGUUUUCUAACUUUCAUAUACAGUCUUGGACUGUAUAUGAAAUUAUAUUGAAUCUACUAUUACAUUUUAACAUUCCGCAAUAGCAUUGGUUACUCAAAUUUUUGGAACUUUUAAUGUGAAUGCGGCAUAUCUUAAUCAGUUUCUUGUGAUUUACUCAUGUAAAAACAUUCUCUUAAUGAGUAUCAGAGCAGUUAAAUACAUGAAGGAUAAAUCAUUUCUAAAUUUUAGGCACUGACAUUACACUUAAGUGAAAAAAAAAUUUAAUUGUAACAAGAUUAACAAAAAUAGUGCAUAUGAAUUUUGUUUUAAUUUUAAUUUUCCUAUUAUGACUUGUUCAAUUUUUAAUAGAGAUUAUACUAGCAUGUGUAGGAUAAAUAUUUUACAUUUAAAUAUGUACAUAUAAUAAGUCUAUUAUGUUUAAAUAAUAUAAUAGACGUAUUGUAUGUAUUUAAAUAUAUAACGUAAAAUUUAUACGUCUAAUUUAUAUAU